GGAGAGAUUAUUUCCGGGGCGGUAUGGAUAAACUGUAACGGAAGUGACGUGUCGCGCCUGGCUGCGUUAUGGAGCAGCAGCAGCAGCAAUUGAGAAACUUGCGAGACUUCCUGUUGGUGUACAAUCGGAUGACAGAACUCUGUUUCCAGCGCUGUGUGCCCAGCCUGCACCACCGAGCUCUGGACGCUGAGGAGGAGGCCUGCCUGCACAGUUGUGCUGGAAAGCUGAUACAUUCCAACCACCGCCUCAUGGCCGCUUACGUGCAGCUCAUGCCUGCCCUGGUACAGCGCCGCAUCGCAGACUAUGAGGCCGCCUCAGCUGUGCCAGGUGUUACUGCAGAACAGCCCACAGUCUCACCACCAGGCAGCUAGCCAACCCUAACCCCAGGAGGGAAGGUACUGGAAGGACCCAGUGGAUCUUGGGCUUGGUGAAGCCUGGACAGAGAGAUUGAGGGAUUGCCAGAAAGCUGGGUACUGUUGCUCCUUUUCUGGAAGCAAUAAACCCAGUUUUUGCUGUUUGGUUUAUAUUAUGAGUUGGGAACCUUUUUGAUGGUUUUAUUAGCACCAUCCUUUGUUAUGUCAUUUAGUUCGUAUUUGCUGGCUUCACUCCAGCAGCUGAGCAAUUGCCUUUUGCAUCUAGAAGGAUAGCCUCAGUUUUCCAGGCACGUGAUUAGAGCAGGGACUGUGGGUACAAUUUACAAGUUGGUAGUACAAACAUGAAGCUAGUUGCUGUUCAGAUGACCGAUAAAAUAAUGAGAGAUCUCUCUGGCUUUCUUUGAGUUUUUCUGUCUUAAAUGGCCAAGUAUGCAUUGGCAUAAAACUAUUUUUUCCUGGACUGUGUCUUAGAAAAAGAGUUCUAUUGGAUAUAGGGCAAGAAGGUGAUGUCAACAACAGAAGGGGGGAAAAAACCAAACCUCAAAGAAACCUUUGGUUUUUUUAGGCAUUGCUUCUUAGGAAGUCAGUGGUCACAGAACACAUAUAAAACCUCUAAGAACUGGAGGUGUUCUAUAUUUGCAGCCAUUUCCCCAAGUUAGUUUCUUAGUCUUCCUGGGAUCAACAUUAAAAUGCUUAUUUAAAUAAGGAAGAAGCAGUUCUUCAGGGGCAAUCAAGAAUGCGGAAACUACAGUACUGUCAAAUCUGGGCAAGAUAAAUCUAAGGGAAAAGUAGGUAGUGGUGUUUAUUAAAAAAAUAAAAUUAAAAAUCUGUGGCUCCUUUUUAACGCUACCUUAAUGCAUCACUGACUACUAUCUAAAAUCCUGUAAUUCCAGCUUUCCACCCUGUCCCUGACAUUAUUCUCACUAUACUCCAGUGACUUAUAAUUCUAGCCUCUAUGUUCUUGUUUGUUUGCUUGCUUGUUUGUUUGUUUGGGUUUUUUUUUCUUUUUAUUGAGUUUAUUGG